AAGCAACGAGAAAAAAAAUCGCGCACAGCGAACGACUCAAGCAUAGGAAGCCAGAUCUCGCGUGCUCCGGGGCUGUGACAGCCACCACCACCACCAGAGGUAGAAUCAGCAGCAGCAGCAGCGGGCAGCAGAUCGCCGGAGCAGCAGCAGGCAAGGCGAGCGGUGGACGAUGCUUCCGACGACGACGUCCAAGGGCCGGGGGGCGGCCCGCUCCGCCCCGCCGCUCUUCGGCCCCUAUCUCCGCCGCAUCGUCAAGUGGCAGCAAAUGGAUAUUGAGUACACAUUUUGGCAAAUGGUUCAUCUCUGUACUUCACCAAAAGUAGUCUAUCAGCACACCAAAUAUCACAAGCAAACAAAGAACCAGUGGGCUCGGGAUGAUCCUGCAUUUGUUGUCAUUCUAAUUCUUUUCCUUGUGUUUGCGACAUCAGCUUACUGCGCAGCGUUUGGAGAGAGCGCGGCCCAUGCUGCUUUAACAAUCACCUCGGUUGUGUUUGUCCAUUUCUUGUUUGCUGGGCUAAUUUUGGCCACACUUUGCUGGUUUCUUACGAAUUCGUAUUUGAGGGAGGAACCUAACAGCCACGUGGUUGAACAACGCGUUGAGUGGCUUUACGCGUUUGAUGUUCACUGCAACUCGUUCUUCCCUGCAUUCAUCAUCCUAUAUGUGCUUCAGUACUUUUUGUCGCCUCUGUUGAUCGCACAUGGCUUCUUCCCUGCCCUGUUAUCAAACCUCCUCUUCAUGGUUGCGAUUUCUUAUUAUCACUAUCUGAACUUCCUAGGAUAUGAUGUUCUUCCAUUUUUGGACCGAACAACAUUUUUCUUGUACCCAAUCGGACUUGUCAUCAUACUAUCACCACUUAUGAUACUCAUAGGGUUCAAUCCGACAAGAUACUUUUUGAGCUUGUACUUCAGUUAAUGUUGGUAACUAUUACGCUAAGUAAAAGGAGACUGCGGUGACAAAACUAAUGGCAGAUUGGGAUAUACAGUUUGAAGUAGCAUUUUAGAUCUCU